CGGCCCGGAGCGCAGCUCCUUCCUUCCGGCCGCCAUCUCGCUGUGCCCGCGUGCGGAUCCCGGCUCCGCGUCCUGCCCGCCGCCUCUAGCCGCGCUCCGCGCCCCGCCGCUCACCGAGAUGAAGGAGACCAUCAUGAACCAGGAGAAGCUGGCCAAGCUUCAGGCCCAAGUGCGCAUCGGUGGCAAGGGUACUGCUCGCAGAAAGAAGAAGGUUGUUCACAGAACAGCUACAGCAGAUGAUAAAAAACUUCAGUUUUCAUUGAAGAAACUGGGAGUCAACAAUAUUUCUGGAAUUGAAGAGGUAAACAUGUUUACCAAUCAAGGAACAGUAAUUCACUUCAAUAACCCAAAAGUUCAGGCAUCUCUGGCUGCUAACACUUUCACUAUCACCGGCCAUGCUGAGACAAAGCAGCUGACAGAAAUGCUGCCUAGCAUCCUAAACCAGCUCGGAGCUGACAGUCUGACCAGCCUCAGGAGAUUGGCAGAAGCUCUACCCAAGCAAUCUGUGGACGGAAAAGCACCGCUUGCUACUGGCGAAGAUGAUGACGAUGAAGUUCCAGAUCUUGUUGAAAACUUCGAUGAAGCUUCGAAGAAUGAGGCAAACUGAACUGUCACCUCCUGAAUAAAAUUAAAACUUGAAAAAGCUAUAUGGAGCUGCUAUUUUAUAUUGUGACUGCCUUGAUUUAUUUCCUGAUGAGAUCUCAAGAUCUGUGAUAUUUGGAAACUCCUUUAAUCUACAGCUCCUUAGUUACUGCUUGUACACUAUUAUUUUUGUGGCCCGAUUGAACAAACCUAUGCUUUGAUAUAAGUCAGAUUGCUAACAAAUUUCUGCCUAGACACAUUUUUUGAGUAACUUCUAUACAAGCAAACACUCAUCUUUAAUGAACUUUGGCAUACAAUAAAAAUAUAAAACAAA